CCGCCCGGCAAAAAAAGCAAAUUUCCAAAUUUGCCCAACUUUUGAUACGGUUUUUUCCCCCUCAUCGUUAUUAUCUUUACAUUCUUUGGGGAGUUUCCUUUCUUCUCUGGUCUUUCUGUUGUUGGUAUAUUCAGGACUAUAAAAUUAUAUCUUACUUUUCAGCCUUCUACUUUCAUUCCAGUUCACGGGACCAUUAUAAACAACAUGGGUGACAAGAAGCGCAAGAUCGUCGAAAACAACCCCGAGGAGGCCAUUGAGCCCGAGGGAAAGAAGGCAAAGCGCGAGGAGAAGAAAGAGAAGAAGCGCAAGUCGAAGGACACCGUGGAAGAUGUGAAGGUGGAGGAUACCGGCGCGAAGGAGCAGAUCAAAUCGGAGAAAAAAGAGAAGAAAGAGAAGAAGGACAAGAAGGACAAGAAAGAGAAAAAGGAAAAGAAGGAGAAAAAAGAAAAGAAGGAAAAGAAAGGAAAGAAGGAGGAGAGCGAGGGGGAUGCGCCGGAGGUAAACGGUGCCGAGGAAGAGAAGCAGGAAACCGCCGAUGCAAUGGAUGUGGAUGAGAAGCCAACCGAGGGGAGCGAGGACAAGGUAGAUAAGAAGGCCCAGGAGAAGAAAGAACGGAAAGAGAAGGCGAAGCAGGAAAAGAAGGCCAGAAAGGAAAAGAAGAAGGCCGAGGCCCAGGAGCAACAGCCGGAGUCCAACGGGCAGCAAUCUCACGCUGAACCUGCUGAGAAUGACGCCCCGAAGCAGAAAGGUUCCCGGUUCAUUUGCUUUGUCGGAAAUCUGCCCUACUCUGCCAACCAUGAGUCCUUGUCCGCCCACUUCGAAAAGAUUGCCCCAGUCUCCGUACGUGUUGCUACUCAGAUAGACAAACCGACCAAGUGCCGUGGGUUCGGCUUCAUUGAGUUCGAUAAUUACGAUCGCAUGAAGACCUGCCUCAAGCUGUAUCACCACUCGAUGUUCGAUGAUAAGAAGUACCCGCCCCGGAGGAUCAAUGUUGAAUUGACUGCUGGUGGCGGUGGUAACAACGAGAACCGCAAAGCCAAGAUCGAAGCGAAGAACAAGAAGCUUUUCGAAGAAAGGCAGCGCAACGCCAAGUCCAUCCAACAGGAGAAGGACAGGAAAACCAAGGUUGAAGAAACUGGCGUUGACGAAUAUGCGGGUGUGCACCCCAGCCGACUGAGUCGCAUGGCAUAGUUUCCUCCUUCCCCCGUGACUCCCGUCCUCGAUUCCAUAUAGGCUCAUGUUUGAUCUGUCAAAAGUGUUUGUUUUUGUGUUCUGUUUAUAGAGAUAUCCUUUCCGUUCUCUUUCUUCCAGCGGAUGCUAGGUGAAAUGCGUAAGACAGGAAUGAAAAAGCAAAACGACUUCGAAUGCAUAAUCGUCCAUUUCCAAAUGACUACCGCUCGCUAAGAUGCAUGCAUCGCAAUCACACCCGCAGCAUGCAUGGUUGUCACUACGUCCCUUUAUGAGACCCAACCACCCGAGACAAGAACCGAAAGAAAAACAAACAGGAAAGAAACAGCAAAUAACAACCCCAUCAAGCGACAUUCAUUGCAUGAUAUUGUAUGGCGUGUUACAUCUUUAU